UCUCUCUACACGUUUCCCUCCUUCUCUAUUCGGACCCCAUGUGGAGGAUAUCUGUGCGGUUUUUCCGGUCGGAGGAAGCGCUGGGAAGGUCGCUGAGGCGGCGGCGGCGCAUCUCCGGGUCCAGAGCGGAGGAGUGAAGAACCGGAGCGGAACCGAGCGAUACCGGGGACACGGUGCGCUUUACAUCACAGCACCCGAUAAAACUGGUAUCAAACUAAAGCUACAGAUCCGGCGCUGUGAGGAGGAGCAGAUAGUUCGGUGUAGAGAGGAUGAAUCACCUGUCGCUGAGUGAGCUGUGCUGCCUGUUCUGCUGCCCGCCGUGCCCGAGCCGGAUCGUGUCCAAGCUGGCCUUCCUGCCCCCCGAGCCGACGUACACACUGCUGAGCGACGAGAGCGGCUCGCGCUGGACACUGCACCUGUCCGAGCGCGCAGACUGGCAGUACUUGGCGCGCGAGAAGGACUCAAUCGAGUGCUUCAUGACCCGCACGGUGCGCGGCAGCCGCAUCGCCUGCAUGUUCGUGCGCUGCUCGCCGAGCGCCCGCUACACGCUGCUGUUCUCGCACGGUAACGCCGUCGACCUCGGCCAGAUGAGCAGCUUCUACAUUGGACUCGGGUCGCGCAUCAACUGCAACAUCUUCUCCUACGACUACUCGGGCUACGGCGCCAGCUCGGGAAAACCGUCCGAGAAGAACCUGUACGCAGACGUCGACGCGGCGUGGCACGCCCUCCGAACCAGGUACGGUAUAAGGCCAGAGAACGUGAUUAUAUAUGGACAGAGUAUUGGGACGGUGCCGUCUGUGGACCUGGCUGCACGUUACGAGAGCGCCGCGGUCAUCCUGCACUCUCCGCUCACCUCAGGCAUGCGCGUGGCCUUCCCCGACACCAAAAAGACGUACUGCUUCGACGCCUUCCCCAACAUCGAUAAGAUCUCCAAGGUGACGUCGCCGGUACUGUUGAUCCACGGCACAGAAGACGAGGUGAUCGACUUCUCGCACGGCCUGGCCCUGUACGAGCGCUGUCAAAGGCCCGUGGAGCCGCUGUGGGUCGAGGGCGCCGGGCACAACGAUGUCGAGCUCUACGGCCAGUACCUCGAGAGACUCAAGCAGUUCAUCAGCCAAGAGCUCGUCAACUUGUAGGACAGCGACGACAAAAAAACUAAACUAAAAUAAAUAAAUAAAAUAAACACACAAGGCUCCCGACUGCAUCUCACACACUGACAACUGGGAACUCCAUAGACUGCCUUAGGUUCAGGCAUGUGCCGAUAGUCAUACAUCCAGUGAUUAUAUAAGACGAUAUUGUUAUCACAGAACGAACAUGAUCACUACCUCUGUGUUCCACUUGAGAGGAGGUGCGGGUUUUUUUUUUUUUUGCUUCUUUCUCCAGCAGCAUCCGUAGCAUGACAUCGUGUCCUGAUUAAAGAUCCCAUAAUUCCAUUCAGCACACGUUGUGGAGAAAAGCAGGCGGACAAAACUGGCACUGCUGCUCCAGUUACAAGCUACAGCGCUUUUUUUUUUUUUUUUUUUUUUGUAUUUAAACUGUGAUGAAACUUGCUCCUGGUGCUGGAGUACAUCCUGUCCUGCGUGAUCUUAGUGUCCCUUGUGUACACAUGUUACACAAGGGAAAUACUAAAGACCAGGCUUGAAAACCUGUGUUACAUGAAACAAUGUGAUGUUGGCAUCAUGCCUCAUGUCUGUGCUAACACCUGAACCCUGACAUCUCGAUUAGAACGGUCGUCUUUUUAUUUCCUAUUUGUGUGUAAAACCCACUGUGUAUUACAGCUUAUAGAGAGUGUGUGUGUGUGUGUUGGUGCAUGUAGGUGUGUGUGCGAGUCGGCAGGAGUAUUGUGUGCACUGAACGCAUUCUCAGGUUUUUUUGAAUUGUUGAACCCCGCAUGAUUGGCCUCAACGUUUUGAAAUUCGGUCACGUUGAAAUAAGGAAAUGUUUUGAAACUGUAAACGCUUGCUCUCUGAAUUAGUGAAGAUGGAGGUGUAAAGUUUUGAAAGGGCGACGUUGCACAGUCGGUGUAACUCUACUAAUCGGGCAAAUCUGCAUGCUCGGUGUAAGAUUUUGCACCAGUAAACGCUGCACGCUUGUCACAGUACGGAAACACACAUUAGCAUGAACAGUAGCCCAAUGAAGCAUAGAAAGAACAAACCGAAUACCCUUUAAGUAUAAUAGCUGCCACGCUUGCUUUAAGCUGAUAAAGAUCUUGCUUUGUCAAAUCAUUCUAUGUUCCGACAUCAUCUUAGUGUGCUUAGUCAGUUGAGUUCCUCAACCACCUGCUUCAAGUCCAGGAAACCUUCUUUUUCUUUUCUUUCCUCUGCUGUGUUCACUUUAAUGAUAUUGAAUUCUCCAGGAAUACUGAGUUCUGAUUGGCUCGUGCCAUACGGAUUCUGUGGGCGUCGCUGUUAAGGAUGACAGCAUCAUCUGUAGCUGCACCACUCCAGUUGAUCAUAGAUGAAGAUGUAUACAGUACAUGAUAUACUGUAUGACUAUGAUGACUGUUUGUAAAUCUCAUUCGUAUGUAUGAUUGUUUUUUAAGUCCUGAAAUUAUACCAGUUCAGAUUAUUAAUACUAAUAGAACUUGAAAUUAUUAUUAUUAUUAUUAUUACAGUGGUCUUGUUGGAAUAGACAUCUAUUAAAUGAUUUUGUUUUUUUUUUUCCUAUGAUGUCCUUCGGUUUUGGAAGGAAACUGUCGUGUAUGUACCAAUGAUCUAAACAAUAGUUAAAGUAAAAGAAGAGAGAAAUAAAAUGUGAGAAGAGUGAAAAAGCAUGUGAUGGAACUUAUUUAUUAUGACACUGUCUGUUCAACAGCAUACGGUACACCAAAACCAGGAUGUUCAUUUACAUUUCACUCGUGUGUAUGUAUAUAUAACGUGAAACAUUCUACUGUAGAUUCAUUACAUGUAAAGUGAAAUAAAGUAUUUCAAACUUUUUUUAGU